UAAGAGUGUGUAACUAAAAACUGUUUUGUUUGUAAACAGAAAGUUUUUUUUACAAAAAAUCUUCAAAAAUCGUUUAAAUUUACUUUUAUUUUGGUGUUUUCCGCUCUCAGUUUUCCCGAAACGAUCAAAAAUGGUUUGUGAAAAGUGCGAAAAGAAGUUGGGCAAAGUGAUAACACCAGAUCCGUGGAAGGCGGGAGCCCGGAACACAACCGAAGGCGGUGGCCGGAAAAUCAACGAAAACAAAGCCCUCACCAGUGCAGCGAAAAACCGGUACAACCCGAUGUCGGCAACGUUUGCCCCAUGCAGAAUUUGUAAACAGAAAAUUCACCAAGCAGGAUCGUACUACUGUCAGCAGUGUUCGUACAAAAAAGGGAUAUGUGCGAUGUGCGGGAAAAAACUUAUGGAUGUUAAAAAUUACCGACAAUCUUCUGCUUGAUUGCGGUUCAUAUGUGAAGUGUAUAGCAUUAAGAUAGAAUAGCCGUAUAAUUAGUAACAUUCUAUAUUUUAAUUUUCCAUACCUUCAAAAUGCACUUUGAUAACAUACUUCAAAAGAAAGUAAAUACAUGGUAAUAAAGUGAAUCAACCUCAUUAA